UCACCUUCGUGUCACUCACAUCUCCUUCUCUCUGCUCUCAUAUCCCUCAACAGCUCAGACACAAAUCUCAAGAUGUCCUGGACACAUGCAGCUCUGCUCCUGCUCACCGUGCUGCUGGCACUGUCCUUCUCUCACGCGACAGACAGUGCAGCAGUGCCUGGUGACAAGGACACCCCCAAAGCACUGGAUCCACAAGGUCCGCUGAGGAGGAUCUUCAUGCCGGAGGAAGACGCUGCCAACUUCUUCAGACGUCGCAGAAAAAGAGCUGUUAAGUCCCAGGAUGAGAUCGAUGCUGAACAGAGGCAGAGGCUUGCAGCAGAUGAGAGGAAGAGAGAGUAUCAUGAAGAGCAGAGGAACGAGUUUGAAGGCUAUGCUGAGGAAGAACAUGAUGAACAAGAUGAAAGGACCCGGGAGACUACUGAGCAGUGGAGACAAUUCCAUUAUGAUGGUAUGGAUCCCUCCCAGUAGUACAGCCGCCAGUCCAUCUGAGCCUAGAGCACCGCCCUGCUGGAGACUGAAGGGCAGGCCGGGCAAGUUCUUCUGCAGAUAAAACUCUUAGUUUCCAGAGCGAUCCUUUUUUUGACCAAAUGUAUGCCAAGAAAAGCUAUAUAGAAUAGUUAUUUCUGUGUUCAUUUUAGAAGCUUGCUGAUGUAUUGUAUUUACGCCAACUGUAAAAUACUGUAGAUUUGAACAUGCCGUUGUAGAUAUUUUUAUACACAGGUGUAAAGUUUGUUUUGAUGAGCAAUUAUUUGUAAUCAAACAUUAUGGCAACCUUCCAGGUCUGUAACUGGGUUUCAUAUAGCAAUGCCCAUAUGUGUACAGUGCGUAAGAAGGUGCUUUUCAUUCAUGCUUCAUUAUGCUUCAUGUUAUGCUUUGUGUUAUGAUGUUUUUGGUAGGAACACAUAAGAAAAUACACAAAUAAACACUGUGGUCCAAGCAAAUACGAUGAAUGAGAUUUGUAUUUACAGUACACAGAGGCUACUGAUUCAUCUGCAGUUUCAUAAACACAGUCUUUUACAGCGCCUGAGAAGUAGUCAACACAAAACAUGCAUUGGGUUCUACAAUUCAAAGUGGCCUGCUCUCGUCGAGCACAUUCAUAUGGAACAGUCUUGUUCCACGAGCCAGGGACAGUGACACAUUAAGCAGAAACAAGUACAGACAAUUUUGAAUGCGUAUUAGGCAGUAUACUCUCUCUUGUUUGACCACAAUCUCAGGGAGAGAGAGAGGGAGAUAUAGAGGGAGAGUGGAAGAGAGGUACCAAAAGUCCAGUAACCAAUGUGUAUAGCAUGUGAGUUGAGCUCAGAACUGACUGUCAGCACUGUGUGAAUGGAA